CCCAGUCAAUCAGACAUCGUGGUGCAAUUAGGGGAAGGUCACCUGUCUUAUCUUUCAUACCAAACUGUGUUCUUAAGGCGACGAACAAGAUGACACACCAGUACCCAUCCCUGUCUCCAGAGCAGAAGCAGGAGCUGGCUACCAUUGCCCAGCGAAUUGUGGCUCCUGGAAAAGGCAUCCUGGCUGCAGAUGAGUCCACAGGCACCAUGGCCAAGCGUCUGCAAAAGAUAAACGUAGAGAACACAGAGGAAAACCGCCGCUUCUUCCGCAACCUCCUCUUCUCCGUCGACGCUUCUAUCUCCGAGAACAUUGGAGGAAUCAUUUUCUUUCAUGAGACGCUGUACCAGAAAUCUGACAGCGGUGUCCCAUUCCCCAAACUGGUCAAAGACAAGGGGAUAGUGGUUGGCAUUAAGGUGGACAAAGGCACAGCAGGACUGAAUGGAACAGAUGGAGAGACAACCACACAGGGAUUGGAUGGUCUAUCUGAACGCUGUGCUCAGUAUAAGAAAGAUGGCUGUGACUUUGCCAAAUGGCGUUGCGUCCUUAAGAUCUCUGACGGCUGUCCCUCAGCCCUGGCUAUUGCUGAAAACGCCAACGUGCUCGCCAGAUAUGCCAGCAUCUGCCAACAGAAUGGCCUGGUGCCCAUUGUGGAGCCAGAGAUUCUUCCAGAUGGAGAUCACGACCUGCAGCGGUGCCAGUACGUUACUGAGAAAGUGCUAGCCGCUGUGUACAAGGCUCUCUCCGACCACCACGUCUACCUUGAGGGCACGCUUUUGAAGCCCAACAUGGUCACUCCUGGACACUCCUGUCCCAAGAAGUACACCCCACAGGAAAUCGGCAUGGCAACAGUCACUGCUCUCAGGCGCACUGUGCCUGCAUCUGUGCCAGGUAUUUGCUUCCUGUCAGGAGGCCAGAGUGAGGAGGAGGCUUCUGUUAAUCUGAAUGCCAUGAACCAGACUCCCUUGCACCGGCCCUGGGCUCUGACCUUCUCUUAUGGCCGUGCUCUCCAGGCUUCAGCCCUCGCUGCUUGGCAGGGCAAACCUGAAAAUGCCAAGGCUACCCAGGAAGCCUUCCGCACCCGUGCCAAGAUCAACAGUCUGGCAUCUAAAGGCGAAUACAAACCCACUGGCCAGGCUGAUCAAGCCUCUAUGCAGUCCCUCUUCACAGCCAGCUAUGUCUACUAGAUCCAACACACUCUCACCCUGGGCCAUUCAGCACCGGACCAAAAACACUGACACAGUCACCUGACCAAAGACAAAAUGAAUGGAGCUUAAUGAGACAUUUACCUGAACUCUAUAUGUGAUGCUGAAACACAUGUUUACUGUUGAAACUGAGACCAAAUUAAGAACUGGAAAGGAGGAAAAAGGGGAAAAAAAGAAUGUAUAAACAGUUUUUUCUCUCUGUGUUCUUGAGGCUGAUGGCCAUUCUUCCAGCAAUAAAAAAAAGUAAAAAGUUCA